AUGGGCGUCGCAUCGGUAAAUCCGACAGUGAGUGCGGCGCUCGGCUCAAUGGACUUGUCUCCUGAAAUAGAGAAGCUGACGAUCACGGUUGGCUCUGCCGGCAAGAACUUUUAUGCCAGAGGUUGGCGUGUUGGUACGGUACUCAUGCCGACAGUAUUGAUGAAUAUUUCUGGAGCCUGUGCUGUUGAUUUCGAAAAGGCCGAGGCUGAAGGCUUCUGGGACGAUGCCAUCCGCGACAUGAAGGAGGCCGACAAGUUUGGCAGCAUUGAGAUAGACUUUUCAAAGCAGUACAACACCACCAGCCAGCUGAGGCCUGCCACAAACAUGACACCAAGAUUGGGAACGGAGGCCACGUUUAUUGGUCGGCGGCGACGGGAGCAGUGUCUAUGCGCAUUUGGGAAAGUAGUCGUAUCCGUAGGGCGAGUUGAAGCACUCGGGCAGGAUCACGAGCUUGGAACCCGACUGGGCGGCCUCGGCGACCUUUCCGGCGGUGUGCUUGAGUUUGACAUCCUUGUCGGUGCCGGAGGCAAUUUAGGCGGAUAA